GCAGGGCUUUUUCACACAGCUCUGAGUGUCUGAGGGGUUCUGGAAGUAGUAGCCCUCUGGGAGUCCAUUGAAGCCCAUCCGGUCGACGAAGAGCAGCCCGCGGAUCAGGCAGUCCAGCUCGUCCAGCUUCAGCAGCUCCAGUUAUAUCAACUGGCUCAAAGUACACCAGCUUGACCAAGGUCCCACCGAUGUCCAUACCAAACCAGGGGAAGGCUGAAGUGGAAACAGAAAAGGUUGACAGCCUGCUGAAUGAUGUGCAAAAUCAAGUUGGACCCACGGAGGAGUCAUUUAAAAGAUGCCAAGAUCUGCAGAUAUCAACAGAGAAGACGCUUAGGACACUGGAGAAACUGACGAAGGCUGAUGAGCUGGCCCCAAUAGGGAAUUAUGAUCAGAGGAAACAGGAAGAGGAAGGACGACUCCAGAGCAUCUUGGAGCGUUUGAACACACUCUCACUAAAGCUCUCACCACCAGGACCCAGUGCUGCAGGUGAUCUGUCAAUAAAAGACAGUGAGGAUGACGAUGAUGAUUAUAAUGAAGACAGUAACGAAGAUGAAGAUGAUGAAGAGGAUGUUGAUAAAGCUGCCAGAGGGCCCCAGGAGUCAAUUCCUCACGUCUACACAGUCCUCAGUGAUUUCAAAGGGGAACAGGAAGGGGACCUGUCAGUUCAUAAAGGGGAGGUACUGAGCAUUAUCAGGAAGACAGCAGAUGGAUGGUGGCUGGCUCAGGACACGAAAGGCAACAGAGGAGUGGUUCCAAGAAACUAUCUGAAGAUUGGCUCUGUUGCUGAUAAUGAAUAUGCCGAUGAAGAAGAGGAGGAUGAGGAUGAAAAUGAGGAGGAGCAGUCAGAGGAAGAGGAAGCACAAGAUGGCAAAGAACUGUCUGAAGAGCAAGACAAAAGGAGUGAUGCUUUCAACUGGUCCACAGUCAGAAAAGCUCUGACUGAGAUUGAUGCUACAGAUGUGCUUUCUGCCAUGGGUGCGAUUCCUUCAGGAUUCAGACCAUCAACUCUCAACAAACUUCUGGUGGAAGAAGGUGUAACACACAAAGCAAGUCACUAUGUUCAGCCUGAGCUCAGCCAGUCGCAGCUCUCCUUUAGAGACCUUUUUUUGGAGCCAGACACUGGAAGGGUUCGAGCUCGGCAGGUCAGAAGUUGCGUUUGUUUCACUUUGUGGAGCUGCAGGAUGAUUCCGACACCUGGGGUUGGAGUACAGGUCCUCAGCAGACACGUCCGCAUGUGUGCCUUUGAUGGAACUCAGGUGUUGAGUAACAUCCACACUGUGAGGGCAACUUACAGCCCUAAGAGCCCCAAGACAUGGAGCUUCUCUCCGAGGAUGACUGGCAUCCUGCCCACCCUCCUAGAUGGAGAUUGUUUCCUACGCUGCGACUCUGCGUCCCCUAAUCUCGGUAUCCUCUUUGAACUGGGAGUCACUUUUAUACGAAAUUCAACUGGUGAGAGAGGGGACCUGAGCUGCGGCUGGGCUUUCCUCAAAUUGACUGAUGACACUGGGAAUGUUCUCCCAAACAGAACCUAUGAGCUGGCAGUGAAUGGUGGCACUCCCUAUGAGGGAGAUGUAUCAGUGGAGGCCUCAGUCCCCAGAGGAAGCUCAGGUGGUGUUUUCCAGCAGAUGCUUCAUGCCAGACGUCGGCCUAAGUUAAUCAUAAAGUUGAAAUCAGGCAGUAGCAGAACCCGAGCGCAGCUCAGCCUCCUCCCAGACACUCUUCUCCACUGUGUGAACUGCAUCCACCUCCUGGUUUUACACAGGCAGCUGCUAGCUGACACACUACUGAUGGAGAGGCCUUCCAUGCACAAUGCAGAUCUAAAAUGCAGUCCUAUACUGUCUACAUUCCCUGUGCUGUUGGACCAGCUGGAUCUCUUGGAUGCACUCAGGAGUUCCUGGUUGGAUGCUGAGGCCAGUAUGAGCAGAGCGCAGAAGAGAGACCUGACCUAUGUCAAGCAGGAGUUUGUUAACGUGUACAUGUCAUCCGUCUAUUUCCUCCUUCACUCGCCUUUGCUUCCUCGUCACCACUGGGCAGAUCCUACAUCAGAGGAGCAGCGGGCCAGAGUCAUCUACACCAUCCUGGAUUCUCUCAAACACAACCAGCACACCUCAGGCCAGGCAGGAGGUCCGGAGUUCUUUGUUGACCCCAAGCACCCACAUCUUGCUUUUGAUAUCACAGAGUUGACCUUUGACCUCCUCAGUGUUGCACGGUGAUGACAGCAUCAUCACACUAACGCUUAGUUUGACUGGAGGUUACAUUUCCACACGGCCUCUGGCUCUCAGCCACAAUCUAGCUGGUUCUUAGCGCAGCUUUAAUACUUGAAUAUUUCAAAACUAGUCUGUAAAUAUCUGGUUAAUGACAAGAACAUGUGUACAUUAGCAACUUUUUUAAAUCCAAUGCAACACUAGAAUUUCACUGUGCUUUAACCCUGUGUUCUGUCUGGUCAGUGGACUGCCCCAUUUAUCUCCACCCAUUAGUUCAACAUUAGUCAUGCCGGUCUUUGUGUUCAGUGUGUGGUGUAGUCUUACGAGAUUUGGAAAGUUCAGAGUUAAUAAUUAUUCUGCGGUCGUCUGUUUUUAUCACGGUAUAAAAGCUCAGGAGCAGCGAGAGGCUGCCUCAGUCUCAGAAGAUCUCAGAUCAUCUUUCAGCUGUGAUACAAACAGACAGUGUAACAGCACAUGAUGCACACAGUACCUGUAACAUUACAGUGGAACGCACAAAUAAAACUACCUAACACUUUUUGAAUUCUUGUUCAAAAUGUAAAAUGUGAUUUAUCUUUUGUUGAUAUCUGUUGGUGGAAUGUUUCAAUCCACUACAUCAUACAAUAAACCACGACAUGUGCGUAAAACAAUA